UCGAACCCGUGGCCGCUCGAGUGAAAAAACAAAAACGCCCGAAAAAUUUCUCGCUCCCUUUAGUUUUUCGUAAACAGUUCGCUCAAGUUCAGAAUUCUUAACGAUAAUUUGCCGAAGAGCCGGUUAGAUCGUUGUUCUAAGAGUGUGCGUCUUUCUGGAAGUGCCGUUUGGUGGGAUCAGGGCUGAAGACGAUGGGUCAAUAAGCAGAGGAGGUAAACAGAACACCCUAUAAUAGGCAAGCUGCAUUCUGCCAUACCUCGAAAGUUCGAAUGACUUAAAUCAAGAUAAAUUGAUUCUACGCGAUAUCACAGCCAACCAAAGCUCCUUUCCAAAAAGACAGAAAGCGGACAUUCAGGGCACAUCAGAUCUUGCCCUUUGCAAAAUGUGUCAUAGCUUCAAGAAGCUUCAAAAAUCGGCACAGGAUAAUGCAACUGGUAAUUGAAAGGAUGCGUUGAGAGCUACUGAUUCUCUCGCAGUAGAGGGCGUCGCGUCGCGUCGCCAUGGCAACGGCUGGUCAGACCUCCAAAGCCUCCGACGUCACGGAGGCGAAUGAGGAGAUCGCCAAAAUCCAGGAACUCACUUCUUUGACUCUCAGCAUCCAAAAACUGAAAGAAUCUUUGAAGAUCUUAACGCGCAUCUGUUCCAGGGUAACAAAUAAAGAUGACUUGAAAAACGAUAUCAACGUACACGAGGCCUUGGCAGAUGUGUUGGAUGUUUUAAAACACAUGCUGAUGGUUUACCCAGUGCUUCAAUCGACAGAGAUAUUGCUGAAAGCUCAAAAUCUGGUUAAUUUAGCUCAAGGAUGUACGGUUUCUGGAAAGAGAAAAGACAUCCAAGAGUCUAUUGACGAACUAGCCAUUGCAUUUAGUAUACGGGUUUCAGAAUACGUUUUGGGCACUAGCGGCGAGAUAGACUUCGAAUUCACUCCAAGUAUUAAUGUAAAGAAAACCGACAGACAAGUUUCGAACACCUCCUCGACCAGUGAUGCUUUGACAACGUUCGGGGUUCCUUUAGAGCAGCAUUUGAAGGCUACUGGCGCUACGAUUCCUCAUAUUGUGACAAAAUGUAUACAAGAGAUAGAUGAACGAGGCAUUCUUAUUAAGGGUAUAUACAGAGUCUCAGGGGUGAAGUCAAAAGUGGAAAAACUAUGUCAAGAAUUCGAAACUUACGGGUGCUCGGUUAAUCUCAGCGAUGUACAUCCGAAUGUGAUAGCGAACGUUCUCAAAUUAUACUUGCGGCAGCUUCCUCAGCCUCUCUUUACAUUUCAACUCUAUCCUGAACUUAUCAAGCUGGCGAAAAACUGGCCUUGUACUCCAACCAAAGAUCAAACCAAACAUUGUAUAGAAGAAUUGCGAUCUCUGCUCAACAAGUUACCGAAGUGCCAUUAUGCGACAGUGAGGUUCAUCAUGCAACAUUUGAAACGGGUAGCAGACCAGAAUGAAGUCAACAAUAUGUCUCCUGGAAACUUGGGGAUAGUGUUCGGCCCAACGGUCCUUCGACUCAAAGAUACAAGAUCGUGUUUAAACUCUCUUCUAGACACAGUCCAUCAGUCGAGAAUUGUGGAGCUUGUCAUCACACACGCCUCAGUCUUAUUCACGAACUUGCGGAAAGCCAGUAAUUCAUAGGAUUGAAACUAAAUUAAAGCUAAACUAAAAGGACGAAUCAAGUGUCUUUUAUGAUGUAAAUACUGUAAAAAUGAGGGAAAUAAUUUAGUCUUUCUAAAGUUUAGCUGAAAUGAGUUUUAAUAAAAAAAAAAAAAUAAAACAAAUCGUACAGUUUUUCCAUCAAAGACACAACAUAUAUAACGUCAAAAGUGGCUUUAUCAGGACCCCCAUUCUGUAUCUUGAAUAAUUAACCACCCCAGAAAAAAGAGGUUUGGACGUUUAUUGAUGAUCUCAAAAUUAACCGAGUAGGUGAAGUGCGUACGAUUGUGCAAUUUUUUGUUUCGUUCUCAGUUCACCCAAGUUUGAUGUUAUCAGACCUUGAAAAAAUCAUGUGAGGUUUUAAAACCUUAAUUUCAUUCCUCUCUGCUAGGUCAAAUGCAGUUGUGUUGGUAAAAUAUGAUGGUAGGGAAUGUUGAUAAAGUAUCAAGAGGUUAAAAACUAGAAAAAUUUGGUUUUAUUUAAUUAACAUUUAACAAAUGAAACAUUUACAAAAAUGCAUAGAGGAAGUCGAAAUACAUUACUGCAAAUCAGGUAAAAAUAUAAAUUCAAAAGUGCUGAUAUAAUUGGAAAAAGAUACGAUCUGAACUUCAUUUUUAUUCUGAUGAACCAGGAAAAAAACUAAUAAAAACUAAAGACUUUCUUAAA